AUGAGGUCAAGUUUGUUCAUUUGAUCUGAAAGAGAAACAUUUCGAUCAAUAUAAAAUUGCGAAACGCUUGCUAUCCCAAGCUGGAUAUUUAAAUACUUUAAAAUUAAAUACUUUGAAUAGAAACUUUCAUAUUAUAAAAAUUUCUAAUUUAGUAAACAUAAAUGUAAACGCUAUACAUUAUAUUGUUUAUAUGAAAUAAAAAUAAUAUACAUGCCUAUUUAAAAUAAUCUAAUGAUUGUUUUAUUUAUACCAGCUUUUGCACUUGUAUGUCUACGUUGCAUACAUUUUAUCUGAAUAAUUACUAAUAUCUUCAAAUAAUUAGAAAUGAACUUCUUCAUAAUAUUAUUUUCGAGAAUUAUUAUUUACAACAUAUUGCAUGAUGAUAAUCACCAUCAACAAGUAAUAAUAAAUAACUGUUUUUUUUUUCAAAUUCCAAUUUCAAUUACUAACUUUUAUUCUACAAACAACUAAACCAAAAACUGAUAGCAUAAGAAAUCAAAUAGAAUUUCUUACUCUCUGAACUAUUGGAAGCUCACGUUCCUACCAUAAACUCGAUUUGGCUAGCAGACCAUAAAACUUUCCCAAGUAUUUUCCAACGAAAUACGUACUACUGAACAAAAAUUUAUAUCUACCAUAUCAUACUAACGUAAUAUCCUUCAUUAAGCUCUCUUGUAUCAAUUUGAAGCAUACAUCGAUAUUCCUACACACAUAUACACGCGCGCGCGCGCGCGCGCACGUCCAAUAAGAAUUAACACUUAAAUACCUCUUUUGAAAAUAUGAAAAAAUUUUAUUAACAAAAAUUGUUGUUCAGUAUAGUAAUUUUUUUUUUUUUUUUUUUUUUUUAAAUCUGUUCCCCGUCAAUUUAAUAAUCUAUUUUAAUUAUGUUUUCAGCUCAAAUGAAGAGGUUGAGAGAUCAGAUGGCUGGCAUUUUGUCACAUAUUCCCGAGCAAGGUGUCGUGAAUUGGAGCAAGAUUCCUGAAGGAGCGAACACCACCUCCACCACCAAGGUUAUCAAUGGACAUGUGUUGACCAUCAAUGAAACAACCUAUACCGAUGGUAACGACGAAUAUAGCACGCUGAUCCGCGUCCGUGUGAUAGACGUGAGACCUCAGAACGAUACUCUUCUGUUGACCGAAAGCGAGGCAGAUGCCGAAGUGACCACUCUGCCUACAAUCACGGUUACCAGCAAAGAAGACCGCACUACACCUUCACGAAGCGUGGAAACCGUAGAAGAAUUCGAUAACGAAAUACCGAAGAACCAAGUGGACACUCUAACUGCUUAA